AUGAGCACGCACAAUACUCCGCAUAAGCCUAGGAACGGUCGCAGGAAUUUCAAUGGCAGCUUGACGUCGUCGGCCCAACCACCGAUAGCCUCAGCCACAGCCACGGCCACUUCAGCUACCGCUUCUGAAAGCGAGCACGAAGGCCCGAAAUUAGAUAACAAUAAGGGCCAGUCUGUUCCCCUUCCAAUGCCUCCUCCAGGCCUCUCUAAAGCAUCCGAAGCCCCAGCUGUAGACGUCGAUCAGGCCGUUUGCUUCAUUUGUGCUGAGCCUGUGUCUAUAUGGGCUCUGGGCCCUUGCUCCCAUCGCACGUGCCACACCUGCACACUCAGACUGCGAGCCCUAUUCAAGAAUCGCGAAUGCACUUUUUGUAAAAAAGAGCAAGAGGACGUCAUUUUCGUAAAAAGCGCCACUAAGCCUUACAACGAGUACUCAGGUAUAGAUAGCUGGCCUUUCGACUCGAAGCUUAACAUACGUUGCGAAACUAAAGCAAUCAUGAGCACAACGCUCUCUAUGCUUCGUUUCAAUUGCGGCAAGUGCGAUUAUGUUGCUGCUGGAUGGCAAGAUUUGCGCGUACAUGCCAAGAAUAUUCACAAAGGCACUCUCUGCGAUUUAUGUAUUCGAUACAAGAAGGUGUUCACCCACGAACACAAACUCUUCUCGCAUACUUCUCUCCUCCGCCACCUUCCGCCACUUCCAUCUUACUCCGCCAAAGCUAGGAAGGUGCAGCCUGCAAUAGACUCACAUCCCGGCUGCGACUUUUGUCUGGAUCAUUUCUACAGUGAAGACGAAUUGUUUAGACACAUGCGCGAGAACCACGAGGAAUGUUUCCUAUGUAAACAGGCAGGUAUCAGGAUGCUCUACUUCAAAGACUAUCCAGCGCUCGAGAAGCACUUUGUCUCAGACCACUACCCAUGUCCAGACGCGACAUGUGUCGAUAAGAAGUUUGUAGUCUUUGGCAGUGAGCUAGAUUUACGUGGCCACCAAGUUGAAGAGCACGGAGCCCAUCUCACCAACAAAGAAAGAAGGGAUGUAAGUCGACUAGAGGUCAACUGGAAUCCACCUACAGAAUCUGCACAACCAGCACAGACUCGUUCAGCUACCGGCAGUGGAAGAAGAGCCGCUUUCGGUGGACGGUUGACCAACCAACCUAACCAAUCUGGUCAAUCUGGCCAGUCAUCAGCCGUGUCAUCCGCACCUGCAACACCAAACGAUCCUACACCAAUUGACCCAGCAGUCGCAGCCCAACACGCCAUGGUUAUUGACAAGGUGAUGAACUUUACCAAAUCCAGCAACUCAGUUCAAGCGUUCAAAUUUAGUAUACGAGCGUUCAAGAAUAGUGAAUCUACAGCCAGAGACUUGAUUCAGUCUUUAGUCUCAAUUCUUAAGAACAAUAUCGACAUUAUAGCGUCAGUUGUCAGCCAAGUUGGUAUUUUGCUCGACAAUGCUGAGAAGAGUCGGGAGCUAGAUGUGGCGUGGAAAGAGUACAGGGGAAAGAACAAGAUAGCACAGAGCACCAGUAACGGUGGGUUUGCACAGCCUGGUCAGCAUCAGCAGCAACGCAUCGACAGCUUCCCCUCUCUUGGACCGUCAGCUGCUGCCAAAGCUGGUAGUCGAGCAUUACCGGUAUGGGAGCGCGACGCUAGCCAGCCUAGACGCCCACAGCGGAUACCGCCCGGCUCAUCUGCGUCUAGCUCCCACUACCCAGGUCUUGCAAGCAGCUCACAGCCACGCACUAGCACCGGGUGGAGCAGCGGUGGCGCCACCUCUUCUAAUAGACAUGCUUCCAAUUUUCCCUCCCUGCCGUCGUCUGAUGCCGUCGCUAAGGCGAACGCUGAGCGCAGGAAACUCUUCCAACCACACCAGCAAAGAAUUGUUCAAGGACAGAGCUCGAGUGAUGAUGCAUCAUCUCCCAACAGCGACUCUAGGAAUACAAAUAAAAAGCAGCAGAAAAAGAAGCAGACUUUAUUGACAAUUGGGCUGUAA